GUUUAUAAGAUAAAUCCGGGACAAAAUUAAUGUACAUCAUUGUUAUCACGUAAAAGGCUAUAAUUAGUGAUUUAUUUACAAACUUCCCUUUAUACAUACCUUUGUAGAUGUUAUGGUUGUUUGGUUAUUUAACUUAAGAUUGAUAACCUUAUUUGACAUAUCGUUUUAAUAUAGGACGCAGGUUUUAAAAUCAAUUUUCUAAGUAUUGUGUUAAAAUUCUGUCUUCAUAUGGAAACCAUGAAAUGAUGAAUAUGACGACACACAAAGCUAAAUGGCAAUCGUACUCCUGGUAUUACUAAUAAGUUAUGCAGUACCGAAUAUUUUAUGCAAUAGUAUACCUGAUAUGGUACUAAACGUCUAUACUACAUGCGCACCAGAUGUAAACGGAACAGCACACAUAUCAGUGGUGUCAGAUAAAGCUGUCGACGUUUUGAUAGACUGUAGAAAUCAUGAGGUGUACAAUGUGAAUCAAACUGGACCACCAGAAUAUUACAAUACAACAGUGCAGUACCCUGAAAACGUUACUGAACCAGGUUGUGUAUUUACAAAAAAGGCCAACUCUAAUGCUUAUUAUGCGACAGUAGAGAUAUCAUACAGCGACGAGUCUGGAGUUAGACGUGUGGUAGACACAUACAUUGUAACGUGUACAUAUGAUACCCACAACGACAGUAUAUCAUCAGUCAUAGAAGUAUCCAGAUCUCUGGUUCCAACGAAACAGUUACAGAGUCAUAUAGGACAUACUGCAAGCUCAGCAUUUACUAUGGAAGUUCAGGAUGUCUUAGGACGCACAAUUACUGGAAAUAUAGGUUUCAGAACAAAAAUACGACUGGUGAUAACUAUGUCUGGUACAGCCACAGAGAAAGGUUUUAAAGUAGUCAAUUGCGAAGGAAUUACAGAAGGCUCAAGUCAUAAAUACUCUUUUUUGCGAUCAGGAUGUGGUGACGGAUAUGUUCUGGAGAGUGAUAAAGGGUUUGAGACAGACGGUCUGGUUGCAAGAAGUCCAUACUUCAAGUCUUUCAUGUUGUAUAGUAGUACCUCUCUAUCCUUCCAAUGUACUUUUAACACCUGUGAGGAAAAGUGUGAUGGAGAUUCGUGUACUCAUUAUUUCAAAGGAAGAAGACGUCGCAAAAGAGAUGGAAAUCAUUUAGGAUAUAUUUCUGGAACUGAAGAUAUCAAGAAUGAAGAAAACAAAGUUCAGACAGCAGUUAUACGAGUUACUGGUCCAGAUAUUAGUAAAACUACAAACCCAGGCGUGUCGUCUCAAUCAGACAAACCAUUGCAGUCCACAAUAUUGGAACCAGUCAAAAGUUCUAAAAGAAUAACUGUUUUAAAACCAUACAAUAAUUUUAAAAAGAACGCUGUUCAUGGACUGCAAAAUAAUAUAACAAGAUCAGCUAAAUUAUCAAAUAUGUUCACUAAAAUGUUCCUACCUGCACAGCACCAAACAAAAUCUACAAUAAACCUAAACACCCAUUCUUCCAAGAAAAGGUUCACACAUGACCAAAUUGGAGCAAUAGUGGGCUGUUCAUCGUUCCUUCUGAUGAUAGGACUAUUUUUAGGCAUUACUUUAUGGCAUAUUAAGCAAAAGAAUAACAUUGAAUCACAAUACCGUACUCUCAGGGUUUCUGAUGUUAGUAGCUUGAAGGUUCAUUUACUCGACAAUGAUGAAGAGUAAUACUGUUGUAUUUAAUUUGUAAUAUGAUUAAAAGUGUUGGGGGAAAA